CAAACAUACUUUUUUUCGUCGUAUUUUAGCAAAGUUUUCGAAUUUGAAUAUUGCGUACGGAAACAAUUUUUUUUUGUCUGGCUGAUCUCAUAAGCCGACUGGGCUUUUUUAUUCAGAAAAUUACUUUUACUAACCUUUUUUAUAUAAAGUGAAAUUUACAUCUGGUUUUGAAAAAAAUAAGUGAAACUGAAUAAAGUAUUGAAUAUCUGUGAUACUUAAAAUACGAGGACAUCCUUGAAGGGUAAAUCGAUUGGACAACGCCCGGAAUUGGAUAACACCAGUACUUCUUCCCUCCAGGCAGAACGUUGCUAUUGUCGGCGGAGCUGAUAAACUAAUGGCGCCACAAAAUUCAACUUUACCGCAUGAAAACAACAUUGCAGGACUAUCAACUCCAACUUUAGCAUCAGCGUCACGACAGUCAAACUUUCGAAAGGAUGGUAACGAUGACGUGCAGCGCGAUAUAAAAUCGAUAUCAAACCAGUCCAUUAACAUUCAGAUGAAGGACAAAGAUGAAGAGGAAAUUCCAAUUUGGAUAUGCGGUGAACCAAGAUUCAUAUCAGGAAUAGCAAAUAGAACGACGUGUAAUGAUGUUAUUCGAGCACUUAUUGAAGACGAAGUCCGUUAUAUCGAUAAUACUGAUGACGCGAUCUAUGUAUCGCGUGAUUUCCGUGAUUACGUGAUUACGGAGAAAUGGCGUGACAUAGAGCAAGCAUUGCCUGGCGAUACAUUCAUCUUGCCCAUUUGGAGUGAAUGGGGUGUAGCACAGAAUGAGGUGAACUUCAAAUUGAAAAUCAAUAAAAUGAAGGCUGAGGUCUCACGCUGCACCAACAACGAGGAUACUAAAGUGGAAAGACCAUACAAAGAGAAGAAAAAAAGUGCAAUAUCGAAGUUAAUUCAAAGAGUUAUAAAGCAAGGGGAGGCCAUUCAUAAUCAGCUUUCAAAUUAUAGAUUGAAUUCCUCAUUCAGUCAUCGUUCGUCUAGGCGGUAUGAAAACAGGAGGAAAUCUCAAACAAGUACAUUGCCAAGAAAUUGUCAUCUUCAACCUCCAACAUAUUUAGAUUCACCUAAAACAGAUGAUAACCACACGGACGACGAAAUUUUGAUUGUUUUACAUCCAAACGAUGACGACAAAGACAGUGGGAUUAACAUACAUCCAGGGCUCUCAAAGGACAUACGAAUCGAGCCAGAGCUUGACUCUAUCUCUGAAAUAUUCGCGGCUCAUGGACUGAAUGACACCCUCCGCUUUCCAUAUCCCAACUUGAACCGAUUGGCUAAGCAUGAGUUUGUGUCUUCCACUCCACAUUCUACUAGUAGACGGCGAAAAUCAUUACAAUUCAACAUAAUCCGAAAUGAAAUCGUCGAAACAACGCAAGGAAUAGAGGACUUACUGCAGCAUGAAAAGUACUUGACGAAACACUUAACCAGAAAGCGCGAUAAGUAUCGAGCUCAGAAUGAACUUUAUCGAACAAAAGCGGGGCCAGACGUCUGCAUUGACGAAAUUCAGGAGAACCUCGCAACUUAUGGGAAGCAGAUCGUAGAACAUGAAUUAGAUUUAUAUAAGAUCAAAAAGGAGAUUCAACGCAAGUGCGCGGUCUUGAAUAAUCUUAAACGGAUGGUAAUAGGGGAGGAUGCAGCAAAUUACCGAAGUUUACGGUAUGGUAAAAGUGAUCGCCGAGUUGCAAGUAGGAGAAGUGGUUUACAACGUAAAAAUCUCGAAUUUGUUGAUAAUAUUUUUGAAUUCUGCGAUAAUAAUGAAAGCAUUAUUGUGUAAUGUAUUGAUUAAUUUAUAAUAAGAUAU